AGAUCUCGAUGGGAAAACUGGAUCUCAAACUUACGGAGUCAAAAAACGCUUCAGCUGGCUCGAUGUCUUAAACCCAAAGGCAUCAGCGAUCCAAUGCGGACCGAAUUACACGUGUUUUGCGAUGUGUCAGAAGUUGCACAUAGUGCAGUUGCCUAUUCUCGUUUCAUUAACGAAACACGGAACUUACAUUGUUCACUCGUUUGUUCGAAAGCACGCGUCGCACCUCUCAAAACUGUUUCUAUACCACGAUCAGAGUUGGCAGCUGUAACCCUGACUGUACGCGUGGCUGACCUCAUCCGGUCAGUUACAAAUCGACCGGAGACCGAAUGGCCUGCACAAUCAUCACUGGUGCAGCCCGAAGAUUUGAAAUUCAAAAGGACAGCUCAAGUUCAUGUGUUAAGUCAAUUUGGCAGUUUGGAUAAACUGGUUAAUCGUUUUUUAAGUUGGACCAGGUUACAAAGGGCCAUGGUCUGGCUUCUGUGUUUCAAGCAGGACAUUAUAGUUUCCGAAUUAAUUAUUCUCCAAUCUACUCAAACGGAUGUUGGUGGUAGAAGAUAA